CGGACACCAGUGACAAAUAAGUACACACAGCAGCAGCAGCAUGAAGCCACAGAAAGGAGGAGCAAAGCGAACCAGCAAGCCCAAGAGCAAGCUCAUCGUGACGUUUGACGCAGACAAGCGCAAGGACUACUUGACGGGGUUCCACAAGCGCAAGCAAGACCGACGGCGGUUUGGCCAUGAUAUGGAAGCGUUCAAGAAGCAAAAGGCGUUGAUCGAAGCCCGCAAGAUCCGGAAAGCAGAGCAGCACGAGUUGAUGGCGUCGCUGCCCGAAGUCGCCAACGUCAAGCCCGUGGCCACCGAUGGCGACACCGAAGUCGUCGACUUUGACGAUGCGCACACUCAAGGCAAGUUUGGGGAUGUGGUGACCGUGACCACAUCGGUGGGGGAGCUCAAGAGCGACAGCGAAGACGAGUUGGACGACGAGGAGCACGAGCUGCUGUUGGCGGCGCUGGCCAAGAAGAAAGACCGAGCCAACCAAAAGCAAAAGAACCACUUGACGCUGUUUCAACGCGUACAACUCAAGCGAAAGGGCGUCGCGCUGCCGACGAAGCGCUCCAAGAUCAAAGCCGCCAAGCAAAACGCCAAGCGCAAUGGCAAGUCUCAGGCCACGGCUGUAUUGGCCAAGAAGGGAAAAGACGCCGGCGACGACAAGGGGGUAGACAAGCGCAAGGGGUUUCACAAAGCCCGCAAAGGCGGCAAACAUACCGCGUAAACGACGUUCGAAAUAUAUAGUAACCGAGUACCAUACUGUAUCCAUCAUACUA